AUGAACGGUACUCAUACUUCUUCCAAGUCCACUCGUCUUCCCAAAUCGACCAAGCCAUAUCCCUUCCAGGUCUAUGCUCUUGGAUAUGAAGAUGGAGUCCUGGUGAAUGGCCACCUCAGAGGUGAGCUGAUCAAUACCAUCUCAGAUUCAAUGAGAGAGGGCAACGACCGCUCAGUGACAUUCCGAACGAAUGAUGAUGCCAAGUAUUUGGCACCGGGCUAUAUGAGAGUAUGUGUCAUCACUGACACCGAUUGUUGGUUGAGGAAGGCCAAGGUGGAGUGCGCCUGGGUCUCUCAGACGAACAAUCUCACCUACGAGAUCAUCGCUGGUGAUAAGGCUGGCUAUGAGUACAAGUUGGCAGCACAUGGCAAUGUCAAGUGGAACUUCCAGGACAUCAAGAUUGAGGACGGUUCCAUGCAGAUCACAUUCUACAGAGACGACUAUGGAUGGACUGAGCUCAACACUUUGAUCAUCAGCGAGGCCUACAUAGACGCUUUCAAGGACCAAUGUCUCAUGGUCUACUGGGAUAAUCACCAAUUGUCCAAGUUCUCUUCUUAUUCUUCGUCAUACCCUUUCAACACAAUGUUUGAUGCCUACCUGGCAGAGACAGCUGAUAACGCUAAAGACAAUACCUUGCCAAAGCCAUCAGGAUAUGGUGAGCCCCUGAAUGCACUUCGCAAAAAGAGACAAGUGGUGGACAAGGAUGGUGAUGGCAAGCCAGACAAGACAGCCACUGGCAAGCCAGCUACCAAACCCAAGGACACUGACAAGGAUGGCAUCCCAGACAGCAAGGACAAGGACAAGGAUGGUGAUGGAAAGAUCGACAAGCCAGCCACAGCCAAGCCAAAAGCCAGUGCCAGGGCCUGA